AUGGCAGAUAUUUCCUGGCCUGAAGGAGUAUCCAAUGAGACAGUUGACAAUGCCAGUUCAGAAUUCAGCUUGGAAGCAGACUUCCAGUAUUCCUUGUUUACUGUCAUCUACAGCAUUGUCUUUGUGCUGGGACUGAUAGAAAAUGUCUUAGCUCUGUACCUCAUGUCCUGCAAAGUAAACCACACUUCUCAUUCCUAUAUAUACAUGAUUAAUCUAGCUCUGGUAGACACCUUGUUUGUUUGUGUGUUGCCUUUUAAAAUUCAUUACCACUUGAAUUGGAACAAUUGGAUAUUUGGUGACAUGGCUUGUAGGAUAACUGGGACUUUGUACUAUAUCAACAUCUACCUAAGCAUUGCUUUUUUCACCUGCAUUUGUGUUGAUCGCUACAUUGCAGUGUCGCACCCCUUCACAUACAUCCAGAUCAAAGUCACCCAUUACCUGGUGGUGGUCACAGUCCUUUGGGUGCUUGCUUUAAGUGUCAUGGUUCCACUUAUCCUUGGAGGUCCCCUCCACAACAAUGGCGAGAGGAAUACAACAGCAUGUUUUGAGAACUUUGCCACGAGCAGCUGGACUUACCGCAUGGCACCUUACAACAUCCUGGCCUUAGUUUUUGGUUUUGUGAUCCCGUUUUCCAUCAUUCUGAUCAGCUACCCUCUCAUUGCUAAGCGGAUCUCCCAGAUCAAACGCAGCAUUCGCAAGAGGAAGGCCCUGAGCACUAUCUACAUCAUCUUGCUCAUUUGUACUUUGUGCUUUCUCCCCUAUCAUCUCACGCACUUGCUUCACUUUUUAAUGAGAAUCCAGGUCAUCCAGAAUGAGUCAUUUACCAACUUGAUCUACAAAAUGCGAAGAGUCACCUUAGCCCUCGUGAGUUUCAACUGUUGCCUUAACCCACUCUUGUACUACUUCACCUCUUCCAGCAAGCAAUGGCACUUCAACUUCAAGCUCAGGUUCAGGUCUAAAAUGGUGUACACCAUCUGUGACCAGAAAUUUGGGGAGUCCUCCUAUGUUUAUAUACUACAACAGAGACAUGGAAAUAAAAAACACCGAGAUGGAAGUAACUGA